AUGAUACCAGAUCAUAUGUUUGAUGAAGGCAUUAAUAAUUCGUUAUUGAGAAAAGAUAUGAAACAUUUACAUAUAAAUAGGGUGGUUUAUGGUAAAACGCAAAGGGAUUAUGAGCGUGAACAGCGCAAUCUACUAUCAUCUCAGGAUGGUGACACGUGCGAGAUACACGAUCAGUUCUACAGAGACCAUAAGCUUCUGCUUGUGUUGUUCAGAGCUUUGGCUGUUAUGCCGAUCACUCGAUCAAGACCUGGUACAAUAACAUUCAGUUGGAGAUCUCGCGCCACGGCCUACGCUAUAUUCUUCUACAUCGUAACAACAGUCAUCGUCCUCGUCGUUGGCUACGAACGCAUCAUGAUACUAGGUUCGACGAAAAAGUUCGACGACUACAUCUAUUCUAUUCUAUUUGUCGCCUUCCUCGUGCCACACUUUUGGAUACCGUUCGUCGGAUGGGGCGUAGCACAUCAAGUGGCCAUUUAUAAAACGAAUUGGGGAAAGUUUCAAGUAAGAUAUUACCGUAUAACGGGGGAAAAUUUGCAGUUUCCCAACUUGAAAACAACCAUAGUCAUAAUAAGCGCUGGUUGUUUGCUGCUAGCGGUGGGUUUCCUUCUCAGUCUGUGUGCUUUGUUGGACGGGUUCCUGCUACGGCACACGUCGGCGUAUUACCACAUAAUAACAAUGAUCAACAUGAACUGCGCUCUCUGGUACAUUAAUUGCAGAGGCAUCAAGAUAGCUUCGCUGAGCCUUUCGAAGUGUUUUCACAGGGACGUGAACGUAGAGUGCUCAGCGAGUCUGAUAUCAAGUUAUCGAUAUCUCUGGCUCAACUUGUCCGAGUUGCUUCAAUCGCUGGGCAAUGCGUACGCGCGGACUUACUCCACCUACUGCCUCUUUAUGUUUUUUAAUAUAACGAUAGCGGUAUACGGCGCGCUGUCGGAAAUCGUUGACCACGGCUUCAAGUUCAGUUUCAAAGAAAUGGGUUUGUUCGUGGACGCUGCUUACUGCUCUACGCUGCUCUUUAUUUUUGCUGAUUGCUCACAUAAAGCCACGCUUCAGGUAGCUGCUGGAGUUCAAGACACUUUACUUUCGAUUGAUGUUCUGUCUGUAGACCGACCAACACAAAAAGAGAUUGAUCACUUCAUCCAGGCCAUAGAAAUGAAUCCAGCUGUUGUUAGUCUGAAAGGAUACGCUCACGUUAAUAGAGAACUUCUUACAUCGGCAAUAAGCAUGAUCGCAAUAUACCUCAUAGUUCUGCUGCAGUUCAAGAUUUCGCUGCCCAAGGACAUACCUACGAGCACUUAAACUCAAAAACAUACUUAAAUCCCUUACAAA